UAUUAUCCGGUUCGAAGAAAGUAACACAUUUAGUACAGGUGUACCUACUGGGACGGUAAACUGCACGGUAAUGUGCACAUUUGCAAGCAAGACCAACAGACGAAUUAUUCCAAACUCGCAAGUGCUUCGUCAAACCGCCGGACGGAAAAAUGAUCGAAUUCGCCAAACCAUUACAGAACAUUCUGCGCAUUAAACAGAUCAAUACAACCGAUCUCGUUUGGCGGCUGCACUGCCGUGCAACGGUGUAUCUGCUGUUGCUCGCGUCACUGCUCCUUUCGGCCCGCCAAUACUUUGGCAAUCCGAUCGACUGUGUCAUCGGAAGUGGCACGGUUCCGGCAUCGACAAUGAACGAAUUCUGCUGGAUUAUGGGCACGUACAUUAGCAGCGAUCCGAACUUUGUGUUGGACAGCACCGAUUUGGUUAAGAUCAAUGCUAAGAUUGGUCACAUACCGGAAAAUGAACGAUCGUACCAGAAAUACUACCAGUGGGUUGUGUUCAUACUGGCGCUACAGGCCGGCAUGUUCUCGCUGCCCAACUUCCUCUGGAAGGCUUGGGAAGGUGGCCGUUUGCAAGCACUCUGCGAUGGAUUAACUUCACCUCUUGUGCCGGAUCAGUGGGAAAAAUCACGCAAGAAGCAACUUAUCGCUCAUCUGGUAGCCGAAUUUCCUCGUCUGCAUCGAACAUACUUCCUGCGCUAUUGUUUCUGCACGCUGCUCAACUUCUGCAACGUUCUGCUGAACAUUAUCCUGGUAAAUGUGAUCUUUUCCGGCUUUUGGACCAACUAUCAUCCGGCCGUAACGGCACUGCUAUCGUUUGAUUUUCCCUCCUGGAACCGGUAUAAUUCACAAAUGUUUCCUAAGAUUGCCAAGUGUGACUUCCACUUCAUCGGCCCAAGCGGUUCCAAGCAGAAUCGCGAUGGACUCUGUCUAUUGUCGCUGAACGUUGUGAAUGAGAAGAUAUUUGCCUUUCUCUGGGUGUGGUUCCUAAUGCUGCUGCUGAUAUCUGCGCUGAAUCUGCUCUACUGGGUAGUGGUGCUGUGUAGCAAAAGUUUUCGCCUGUGGCUUAUAGCAGCCCCGCUGUAUCCGUUCCGUUCAGCGGUCGUGUCCCGGGCGCUCGAUGGACAAGGCAUCGGAAAGUGGUUCCUGUUGCAUCAACUGUGCCGUAACCUGAACCCGAUUAUACUCCGAGAACUGUUGCAAAGCCUGUCGAAGGCGAAAACUAACAACCGCAAAACGUACCGAAUGGGAGGAAAGAGUGGCGAACCGGACUUUUUCACCGACCCGGAAAGAUUUGCCGAGGAGGAUGUAUAACGAAAGGAACACAUUGCGCAAAGCAUUGCAUGUUCCAAAAUGCGUAAACGCUUUCAAGCUGUCGAAAUCACUAGUUGGGGCUGUUGGCUAAGGAAGAGUGCCCACUAAUCCACUGUAACGAAUUCAUUCCAACUGUUUGCAUUCCGCUCCAGGGUCGUGAGUUUCCCUUCUUUAUUUUCAAUUGUAUACUUCUACCAUACCUAACGUUGUUAUGCAUUCGUUUUUCACGUACGAUAUAUAAUUUCGUAUAUAGAGAAUAUUCACAAUACGAGAUCGAUAUUCUGAAACUGAUUACUACUAAGUGCCUUUAACAAGUAAGAGAAACGGAUAGAGACUUACACACUCGUUAUAAAAUAUGCAAGUGCCGUCUAUGAAUUAUUGCGUCGUGUUGUAGUAAAGUAAGUGGGGCAUAUUGUAACAUAAGUAUUGCCUUUCUCCAAAAUAAGAGCAAAUAAAGCGCACUGUUAUUGUUUGUAAACACA